AUGAUUUUCUUGUUUAUAUUUAUUAUCUAUUUAGUAGGUUUUAGUUCUGCAGUUGAAAAUGAUACAAUUGUUCUUAAAAGUAAGCAAUGCAAGAAAUUCGAACCAUACUGGGCAAACUUAGACACGAGAAUAUUACCUCAGUGGUACGACGAAGCAAAAAUUGGUAUUUUCGUACAUUGGGGUAUUUAUUCAGUGCCCGGGUUUUCUGAAUGGUUCUGGAAUAACUGGGAAGAAAAAGAAAUGGUGAUUCAGAAAUUCAUGAAAAAUUACUUUGCACCAGGGUUCACUUAUCAAGAUUUUGCUCCUAUGUUCAAAGCGGAAUUUUUUGAUCCUAACCAAUGGGCUCAUUUAUUCAUGAAAGCAGGUGUAAGAUACGUUGUGUUAACUAGUAAACAUCAUGAUGGUUUCUGCUUGUUCCCAUCGCAACGUUCAUUCAGCUGGAACUCUUGUGAAGUCGGUCCUAAACUGGACGUAGUUUCUGAACUAUCGAAUGCAGUUAAAAAAGUGGGCUUGAAAUUUGGUAUAUAUCAUUCUCUUUUUGAGUGGUUCAAUCCAAUGUAUAAAGAGGACAAGAAAAAUAAUUUUAAAACACUGUAUUAUCCUAAUAUGAAACUGUGGCCGGAAUUAAAACAGCUGGUUAAUGAUUACAAGCCAUCAUUGCUGUGGGCUGAUGGUGAUUGGGAGGCGUAUGAAACAUACUGGAGGUCGACUGACUUCCUUGCCUGGCUGUACAAUGAGAGUCCGGUGAAGGAGGAGAUUGUAGUGAAUGAUAGAUGGGGUAAAGGCACUUCUUGUAAGCAUGGCGACUUCUACAAUUGUCACGACCAUUAUAACCCAGGUAAACUACAACCCCACAAGUGGGAAAAUGCUUUCACAGUGGACAAGAAAUCGUGGGGCUUUCGUAAAACGAUGAAUUCGAACGACACUAUGAGUAUGAAGGAAAUAUUGCACGAAAUCGUUACCAGUGUCAGCUGCGGAGGAAAUGUCCUAAUAAACGUAGGUCCAACGCAAUAUGGAACAAUACCACCGAUAUUCCAAGAUAGACUCCUAAAGUUAGGUAAUUGGCUCGAGAUAAACGGCAAGGCAAUAUACGGUACAUCACCUUGGCAUAAUCAGAACGACGCUAUAAAUUCUGACGUGUGGUAUACAUGUCAAAAGACCCCUUACAAUGCCCUACAUCCGACCGCAAAACCACUAAUUACCGAUACAAUUUCUGGAAUAUUCGCCAUCUUUCUUUCAUGGCCUCUUAGCAACAGAUUAAUAUUAAAAGAUGUGACUGGUUACAUUCAGACUUCUGUUUACGAGAUUAAGCUAUUAGGCAAUGAUGGUGACUUAUCUAGUGAAAUUAAAAACGGUAUAACAUACGUCAAACUUCCAGAUAAAGCGACGGUCGUCGUCGAAUAUGUAUGGGUACUACGAUUUACGCCUAAGUAA